AUGACACUACUAGUCGAAGAGAGAGAUGUUGCAGUCAAAAGGCGAUUCGGGCGAGCAGACAAGUGUCAGGGAAAAUUGUCUUUUGACUACAAUGCUGUUUGUCCCGACUUGUCCAGAGGGCCAUGUCUCUCUCUCUGUCUCUCUUUCUAUGAAAAACUGGACACACCUAAGCGUCCUGAAAAAAAUAUAAGAGGCUAUGCCAGGAAGCCGUGUUCAUUCCUUGUGAAGGCUAUGUUCCUAGAGGUGGUCAUGAAGUGA